AUGCCUACCGAGAUACACGAACGCUUCAUCGACAAAGUGGAGGAUGACAUUCGGAGCCAGCUGAAAACAAUACAGAACGGAUCAGGCAAGAAGGCAGAAUUCGCACAGAAAGUGCAUCCAGCCCGAUCGACUUAUAUACGUCUCGGCGCUAGCACUUUGUCUAAGUCGAAGUACGAGCCAGACGCGUUAUUCAGGCAUAAAGAGGCACAAUAUCCAGGCGUUAUAGUUGAAGUCGCAUACUCGCAGAAGAAGUGGUGCCUAGGCCGGUUAGCUGAGAAUUACAUCUUGGAUUCGGAUGCUAGCAUACGAGCUGUCGUAUGCGUACACAUUAAGUAUGGCAACAAGGAGUCGCGCAAAGCAACGUUAUUGGUCUGGCGACCCAAAUUGCUUACUACCAAUAACGGACUUGAAUUACAAGCUAUAGAAGGGGUCGCAGAUGUGGCUUUCCGUAAUAAAGAAGGAAAGCCCGUCGAUCAGCCCGGCCUACGGCUCCGCCUCAGCGAAUUCGCCUACAAAGGACUUACCUAG